AUGUAUUUUAUGGAUAAGCUUUUGAGUAAUAAUCAAUUCAGAUCAGAUGUUAUGGAAGGUAAAGAUAUUCCUCUCAUCAAUAUGAUAGAUAAUAACACAAAAAUUAGUGAGAAUGUUUUUGCUACUCUUGCAACAACUUCAGUUUCUACUCCUAUCAUUCAACAACUUUUAGCCACAAAUUUUGUUCAAGUUAAUACUUCCAUUGUUAGUUCUUUCAAACUUCGUGAGAUUAUAGAACCACCAACGACUGAGUUAAGUGUAAAACAAGUAUGGGAUAAUACAUUAUCCUUCAUGUAUUACCAUGGAAUGCUUACAUUUUCAGAAGAAGAUAAUUCAUUCUGUAAAACAUUAUUAAUUCCCAAUGAAAUAGCACAAAAACAAUAUUUUUAUGAACUGGAAAAUAUUGUUUCACUAACUCAAAAUGACAUGAUAUUACGUUACAAACAUCCUUCUGUGGACAUUGUAAAAAAGAUAUUGGAAAAUAUUAUUGGAGAAAGGUAUAUCCAUUAUGAUAAUUCUUUUUCAGAGGGAGCACUUCAACAUGCAAUUUAUUGUGUUUUACAAGCUUACUAUAAACAUGGAAACUCUUAUUUCCAAGUUAAAACAGAAAGUGGAAUCAAUGAACAACAUUUCAGUGAGAAUCAAAAAGUAGAUAAUGAUUUUGAUAAAAGAACUGAUAUAAUAUUGGAAAGUGAUAAAGAUGUGAUAAUAUUUGAACUUAAAAGAAUUAGUCCUAAUGGUUUAACCUGGAAUGAUAAACAAUUGAAAUAUGUUUUAAAACAGAGAACUAAAUCGAAAUCAAAGAUAUUGAUAGAGCAAUAUAGGAGAACUAUGUUUGAUGUAUUGAGUGGAAAAUGGAAACGUCCCAAAACUGUUGAAAGAAUUAAUGAAGGACUUUCUGAAUUAUUCGAAAAUGAAUUACUUAAUCUACCAUUAAAUGAAACAUAUCUCUUUGGAACAGAUAAGGAGGAAAUGAAAAUAGUUAGUCAUGUUGUUGAAAAAGCAAAAACACAACUUAGUGAUUAUGUUAAAUUGUUGAAGGAGAAUAAGAAAUUUUCUACAAAACCAAUCCAUGCCUUUGUAGUUGUACAAGUAGGUACUCCAAUUAUUGUGCAAAAGACAGACAAAUAA